AUGGACGGUAAUGCACGUAUUGCUGUUUGCAGUGACUCCGAAACACCUAGUCAAGGCUCUCCUACUUCGGAAAAUGUUGGCACAGUCGAGAGGAGAGAAGGACUGCAAGGUUUGAUUGCUGAGCAAUUGGAGGCAAAAGAUAAUCCCUUCAGCGAACUCGACGUCGACUACAGGUUUCUCCGCUUGGCGAUCCACCACGCAAGAAAAGACUCCAACGGGUUAUUCGGUUGCCGCACGGUUCACAAAGCGGGUCAAGGCCCUUUGAAGCAUGACUCCUGGUGCUGUUUCAAGAUCAAGCAAGUCCAGAGAGACGAAUCCUCAGAGAAGUCUGAUCAAGAGGUCGCCUACAAAUGGCAACAACCGAGUAUAAACAUCUCCUGGAACACGCAGGAUCAUAUCACGCUCAUCUUGUGCAUGGAUGUUCCCAAUGAAUUGAGAUGGGCAAUUAAAGAAGCCUGGGACAAUGGACGCAUCGAUGGCAGCGACCCGUACAACUGGCACUGUUUCAUCGUGGAAAAGAUCUCGGACAUCUAUGAUGAAGCAAUAUGGUCGUUGAGAAACUUUGUUCGCCUGGACGUUGAAAAGAGACGCAUCCCUGAUUCCAUCGAUUUUGAGAGACUUCACGAAAUUGCAAGGCAUAUCAUACAUUCGAACGAGACCCUUGAAGUUGCUUUCAGCACACUGGAAGGCAUGCAAGAGGCUCAUCAAGCCUUCAGCGAAGAAGUAUUUGGCAAAUCAAAAAGUUCCAAGGUCUUUUCGGCACGGCAUACGCAAUUGGAAAUCUCAGGCCUCAAACGGACCAUAAGGGCUUCCUUCUUACGCUCAAAGUCUCUGAGCGAUCGUAUACACAACGAAAUCAACCUCGCAUACAACCUGGUAAACCAACGAGACGGCUUUUUGAUGAAGACGAUAGCCGUGAUGACACUCGUAUAUGUUCCCGGGUCGUACAUUGCAACAAUAUUUGGCAUGAACUUCUUCGAUUACUCCGAGACGGAAGGCCUUGUUCUUUCGCACAUGUUUUGGCUUUACUGGGUGCUCGUGGUGAUCUUGACGGCGAUUACGGUCGGCACGUGGUUGAUAUGGCAACGUCGAGGCAAGCAUGUGCGGAAGAAAGCCGCACCGAAAGAAAAUGGAAGGACUUCAUCGUUUGCUCCAUCAUUUGCUUCUUGGGACUUUGGUAAAGUCCGGAAGCGGAAGAGUUCCGCCGCCAUGACUGCGGUGUGA